CGUGGAUAGACAGAUACCCACGCGCAUUUAAGGCGGCUCUCAGGUUGAACAUGCUUAGCAUCGUAUACUCGCUACGAAAACCCGCCGUAACCCAGUCGCAACCCCCUUCAUUUGAACUCGGCGAGUUUUGCCGCUCAGAGUCAAUCAUCGAAACGAACAGCUCUGGAUCCUAGAUUACGGAGCACUCCCUAUGUACGGAGUCAACCGCAGCCAACACUACUAUAAGAUGGAUGUAACCUAGCGUCUUGGCUUUUUCUUGUCUCCUCGCACUCUGCAGCUGUGUACUGACCUAUCAUUUUGAUUCAUUCACUCUUUUCUCUCAAACAGCCAAGAUGCGUUCAUUCUCUUCCAUUGCUGUUCUCCCCCUUGCUGCGCGAAUCGUCGCUGCCGGCCAGUACGAUGCGUGGAAAUUCGGCAACAUGUUCACCCUAGGCUCUGACAGCAGUGUCAUCACCAAGGCCACUUACACUCUCGUUCCCCCGUCCAUUCCCUGCGGCACCGUCAUCAGCAACAAGAAUGACCAGCCGUGGAUGUCAAUCUGGGUUGGCAUCUCCCAGUCCGUCAGCGACCAGGGCAGCGAUCUCUUCCAGCCUCUUUUGAACUGGGCCCCCGAUAACUCUGCUGCCGGCUGCCCUGCCUCCAACACCGAGUGGUGCGUUGCUGCCAGCACUUUCACCGGUUCCACCCAGGUUGCCCAGCCAUACAUCGCCAUUCCCUCCAAGUCCGACGUCGACUUUGAGCUCGUCUACGAUGCCUCCAAGGGUGUGACCCAGAAGGUUUGGAUCAACGGUGCCAUGGUCUCGCAGCAGACCGACGUGGACGGCAACGGCAAGGCCCCUACCUACAUCUACUCCAGCAACGAGUGUUACCAGGGCGCCUGCGGAACCCUCCCUGCCUACAGCUGGAGCAACCUCACCGUCGUCCUUGCUAAGGCCGACAAGACCUUUGGUGAUUCUCUUCAACUUACCGGCGCUACCUCGACUGGCGUUAAGACGACCGACGACGGCAAGACUUGGCACGUUGACGCCAUCAAGAUCAACCAGGACUUCUUCUACACUGACGGCUCGAACAAGCAGUGCUAAGUUGCCCGUAGAUACACCAAAGAGGGGAAUCUAGUUAGAAUUUCUUCACUUUAGGGCCCAGCAGUCACCAUUCGAUUUUCUCCAAGCC